AUGAACAGUGACUCCGCCACAGACGACACGGCCUCCACCCAUGUGGACUCCAUGCAUCAGGACUCCAUGCAUCAGGACUCCAUGCAUCAGGACUCCAUGCAUCAUCAGGACUCCCUUCAUCGUCAGGACUCCAUGCAUCAGGACUCCAUGCAGCGGGAAUCCAUGCAGCGGGAAUCCAUGCAUCAAGACUCCAUGCAGCGGGAAUCCAUGCAUCAAGACUCCAUGCAGCGGGACUCCCUGCAUCGGGACUCCAUGCUGGAGAGGAUGCAUUCAGACUCCAGCAGCCAGCUGCCUGAGGAUGGAGUCAGCAUGACGUUAGGAGAGGAUCUCAGCAGCAGUGUGAGCACAGACACGGGGUUCUGCUCCGUCCCCCCGCUGCCCUCUGACGCCUCGGAGCUGUGUGACCUCCAGGACCCUCAGGAGGACCCUAACCCUGACCCCCCUCCCCCGCCGGCCAUAGACACUCCCCCAGGGUCGCUGUAUGAGGAGGACCCCCCCAUAGUGCUGCAGAUCCCCCCAGAGACUCAGCCAGACCCAGAUCCUGAUCCAGACCCGGACCCCGACGGCACCUUUGGGUGGGAGGAGGACGUGACGCUGGCUCUGAAGGAGCUGGACGAUCGCUGUGAGGAGGAGGGGGGCGACUUCUCAGACAUGUCCAGUCAGGAUGAAGGUGACGCAGACUGCUUCCCCCAGGCCUCCCCCCCCCCUUCGCCCUUUCUCUCUGCCAUCCUCGCCGCCUUCCAGCCGGUCGCCUACGAGAGCGAGGAGGAGGCGUGGCGUUGCCAUGUCAACCAGAUGCUGUCGGACACGGACGGCUCCUCGGCCGUUUACACCUUCCACGUGUUCUCCAGACUCUUCCAGAACAUGCAGAAGAAGUUCAGCUCCAUCACCCACUCCUCCGUGAGGUUCCUGGGGGAGAAUCUUCAGCGGAUGGGGAACCAGUUCCUGAGCUCUCUGGAGGUGAUGACGUCUCGCUCGCAAUGUCCCACAGUGCUGCUGGACGCAGAGACGCUGGUCUCUUGUGGCCUGUUGGAGACUCUGAAGUUUAGUGUGCUGGAGUUACAGGAACACCUGGACACCUACAACGCCAAGAGGGAGGCGGCCGAGCAGUGGCUGGAGAACUGCAAGAAAACCUUUGGAGACAAAGAGAGCAACCAGAGAGCCGACACUCACACACAGGAGCUGGAGUUGUGUCGCCGGCUCUAUAAGCUCCACUUCCAGCUGCUGCUGCUGUUCCAGGCGUACUGCAAGCUGAUCAGCAGAGUGGACACCAUCAAGGGGGAGGCGGAGGUGACCAACAUGUCGGAGGAGCUCAGCCUCCUGGAGAGCUGUCUGAAGGAGGCGGAGACAGGAAGUGACGCUCAGGAGGACGUCUGCAUGACGGACGCCGCUCACACCAACACAGAGACGGCCGUCCAAUCACUGAUCGAGAACCUGAGGACGAGAGACUUCAGCGCAGCGCUCACACAGGUCAAACAGUUCAGGUCUCAGUGGCCAAACGAUAUCUUCGGCAGCGAAUCAGAAGCCCCGGUUCAGACCCUGCUGCUGCUCUCCUUCAGACAGCAGACCCUGGGUCAGCCGGGCUGCCUCGCUGUGGUUGGUCCCAGCCGAGACCUAAGCCCCGCCUCCAGCCGCCUGAUGGAGAUCAACCUGCAGAUCAGGGAGGCUCUGAGCCGGGCCACGCCCCCGAACACGCUCUGAGGCCACGCCCCCUCCCCCCAAAUCAUACAAAGGGCUACAGGAAGUGUGGGACUGAUGCUAUUUCCUGUAUGAAUGCUACGCUAAAACGCAGAUUCAGUUGCAAUAAGAGGAGGAGGGGUGUUUCUCUCCUUCUGUGUUUCAAAAACCCGGGUUUGUUUUCUAUAAAAUGUCCUUUUCCAGUGUCUCAGAGUCCACGUGAUGCGUUCAAAUGUCCUUCACAGUGUCUCAGAGUCCACGUGAUGCGUUCAAAUGUCCUUCACAGUGUCUCAGAGUCCACGUGAUGCGUUCAAAUGUCCAUCCCAGUGUCUCAGAGUCCACGGCUAGCCCCUGUAUGAAUGCUAAGCUAAAACGCAGAUUCAGUUGCAAUAAGAGGAGGGGGGGGGGGAGGGGGGUUGUUUCUUCCUGCUUUGAACUCAUUAAAACUGAAGCCUGCGCAGAUGGAUUUAAGUUAAUCUGCAGAUUAUUUUCUAAAAUCCUGGUUUUGUUCCAUGUCCUUUUCCAGUGUGUCAGAGUCCACGGUGAUGCGUUCACUGACCCCACGGUGAUGCGUUCACUGACCCCCCCUCGCUGCAGCAUGUUUCAGGACCACAUGCAGAAACACCUUCUUAAUGAAACCUUUUCAAACGCAUGCUUGAACGAGAGAAGCACUGCGAGAAUAUUUUUUUGAGAAAUGUAUUUUUUAUUAGAGCUAAUCCUAGGUUGUAAAUGUUAGGGUGUUUAACCUGUGACUCCUCAGGGGGUGUAAAGAGAGAUCUAUGUUUAUCUGCUUUAACCAAAUAAGUAGCUGCCUUUAGACACUCGCUCAUUAUGGAUAACUUAUUUUACUCUGUAUAUAUUUUAGAGAUGUAUAGUGUAAACAGUAUUUUGUGUAAUGCACUGUUCCUCCGCAGAGGAAGUCUGUACAAAGUGAUGAGACGCCGCCUUCCUCCAAUCACAACCUUCCUCUGUGAUGUAGCUCCGCCUCCUGCUGCACCCCAGCCAAUCAGAAGCAUUCCCCGUCUCCACUGUGAGCUGUGAUUGGCUGCAGGACUCUUCCUGUCCCGGCACAUCGUGACGUCACUGUACUCAUUCCUCAGAGAGCUUUCCUGCUUGUCUGGUACAUCUGAAUGCUGUUCUUAAUUAUUUAAUGAGAUAUUAUUUACCUGGAAGACGUGUUAAUGUAGAGCUGCAUUAAUGUAGAGCUGCAUUACACCUUUCUGUUCUCACAUACCAGCCUUCUCUCUGGAUAAUAAAACCCUAAUCAUACAGAA